AUGGAGUCUGAGAGAGGGAUUAAGCCGACCUCGCACUGCCCCCAGCUUAGUCUCGGCCAUGUUUCCUACCAGGCAGCGCAGCCGGGCUACAAGUCUUCUCAGUGCGACCAGUCCCCUGAGAAACACACCCGUGGUACCAACCUCGCAAAGGGUCCUCCUUCUCGGCUCCUCGAAAAGCGGCAAGUCGACGGCUCGAAAGUCACUGUCCUCGAGUCACUCAGCAAUCAUUUGCGACAGCUCCUAGAAGUAGGAGAAGGACGUUACGAUACUAGAGAUAGUGUUGAUGAAGAAUACGCAGUUAUGCGCGAGACCUCUGAUUCUGUCGCUCAGUUACUAGAGUCAUUGUAUGUGUUACCUGUCAAGCAAGGACAGGGCAGAAUGGCCGAGAUAUGCACGGAUAUGACAGACAUAUGGGGGUAUGUACAGAAAUGUGGUUUCCUGGAUGAAGUGAAACUUGAGUGUAUAGAUGAUGGAGCUGAGUACCUCCUAAACUCUCUUGAUCGCAUCACGGAACCAAAUUAUAUACCCACCUUAGAGGAUUCAAUGUGGUGUUACACGAAAUCGACAGGAAUAACCAUGGCGCGGUAUACUAACGGGCCGUCGGAGGUAAUUUUCUGUGAUGCCUCCGGGAGUCGUGGGGAAAGAAAGAAAUGGGACCGCAUAUUUGACGGAGCAACAAAGGUCCUAUAUUUCGUAGACGCAGGAUCUUACGACCAGUGCUUAACGGAAGAACAUAAUGCAAAUCGUCUGGCGGAAGAGUUGACGUUGUUCAACAGCGUAUGCUCUACUGAAAGACUCAACCAUGUUGAGAUAGUUCUGUUUAUCCAUAAAAUGGAUAAGUUAGAACGCAAGCUGAAGACCAUGCCGUUCGACAGUACCGAAAUUGAAAACUGGGGGACAUUUGGUGGAGAUCCCCAGUCGGUUGACGAUGUCAAAGAUUAUCUCUAUAACACCUUCUCGGCCAUUGCGCAGAAGUCUAGCCGCUCGAUCUCUGUCACUUUCACCAGCUUAAGGAGACCUGAAGAGUUUGGUAAGACGAUCUUGUCAUAUGCUUCGUCCGUUGUUAACAUGGUUUGA